UAACAGAAACCUCAAACCGCGUACAGACGCACACCUACUGUCUCAGUUGUGUCACAAAGCUUUCUUCAAAUUCCAAUGGCCAUGGCAGCACCUCCACUAUCUGCCUCUCCAGUCCCUCGAAGACCCCUCUCUCUGCCCACUCACUGUCACUCUUUCCCUCUCUCACGCCUCUCUCUCCGACCAACUCCAACGAAAGUAACAACAGCUAGGCCUUCCGUGUUGGCCGCCGCAACUUCCGCCUUAGAAGUCGGGCAGGCCUCUCUGACGGCAAUUCCCUCCAAAGCCUUGCCCUUUCGGGUCGGGCACGGGUUCGACCUCCACCGGUUGGAGCCUGGGUACCCUCUGAUCAUCGGUGGGAUUGACAUACCCCACGAUAGAGGCUGCGAGGCUCAUUCCGAUGGGGAUGUAUUGCUACAUUGUGUGGUUGAUGCGAUUUUGGGUGCUUUGGGGCUUCCUGAUAUCGGGCAGAUAUUUCCUGAUAACGAUCCUAAGUGGAAGGGAGCACCAUCUUCGGUUUUCAUCAAAGAAGCUGUGAGACUCAUGCAUGAGGCUGGCUAUGAACUUGGAAACUUAGAUGCGACUUUGAUUCUUCAAAGACCAAAAGUGAGCCCUCACAAGGAGGCUAUCAAGGCAAACUUGUCUGCGCUGCUUGGAGCAGACCCUGCUGUUGUAAAUCUGAAAGCAAAAACUCAUGAGAAGGUUGACAGCCUUGGAGAGAAUCGGAGUAUUGCAGCUCACACUGUGGUUCUUCUUAUGAGGAAAUAAAAAGGUGUAAACAAAUACUGUCUUAAGUGUAAAAUAUUGUAUGUUUUUAGCAUCGCUAUAUACUGCUUAUAGAGAUCCGAUUGUUUGGCUAUCAAAACUUACACAUAUGGUUGUAGUAGAAUAUUUGUGCAGUUA